CCCCGGACAACACGAAGUUCGGAUAGGAAACCCGUUUGGUCACAACCUUGGAAUGCCACAAUCUGCUGUUGUACAUAUAUUCAUGUCGAGAUCAGGUCAGUUGAUUUUCUCCAUGGAAUUUAAUGGCCACCUUGAAAGACGCGAAUCUAAACAACCAUCUUUCACCAUGGCACAAGCAGGGGUAAAUACCACCAUCAACAGCGCCGACAGCGCAGAGCUGUUCCUGAAAGAGCUUGAAAACAGAAAUACUCUCCCCCUCUGGACCCAAAUGACCAGGCUUAAUCCACCAGAGCCAAACCCGACGACUGUACCGUUUGUCUGGAGAUAUGAUAGCAUCCGUCCCAAUCUGCUUCGCGCUGGCAACCUUGUCACCGACAAACAGGCUGAGAGAAGGGUGCUAAUGCUAGUCAAUCCAGCUAGAGAGGCUCCAUACACUACGGAUACAUUGUAUGCGGGUCUUCAGCUUGUCAUGCCAAAUGAGACCGCUCCCGCUCAUAGACAUACAGCGUUUGCAAUGAGAUACAUCAUUGAAGGUAAUGGGGGGUUUACAGCUGUGCAUGGCAGAAGAAUCAAGAUGCAGAAAGGAGACGUGAUUCUGACACCCACAUGGAAUUACCAUGACCACGGGAAGGAUGGCAAUGGUCCUAUGAUAUGGUUAGAUGGUCUCGAUCUGCCUAGCUUUCGCCACUUCCCUGUUCACUUUGUACAACACUUUUCUCAGCAACGAUAUCCAGCUGAAGAUAUCGAUACGGCUACUUCGCCCAUAGUAUUCCCUUGGACCCAGAUGAAAGCUCAGUUAGAUGAAGCUCCAGGUGAUUGGGUCACCAAACGAUAUCUCAGAGCGGAUGGCAAGGAAGUAAGUCGUGUCUUAGGCGGCUGCGCGGAAAGGCUGAAUGCUGGUACUUCUUCUCCUCCUCGCCAAGAAACGGUUUCUGCCGUGUAUCAUGUUAUCACAGGAAGUGGAAGAUCUCAAGUAGGAAAUGAGGGCCUUGUUUGGAAAUCAGGAGACACUUUUUGCGUGCCUACGUGGCAUAACUAUCAGCAUUUUGCUGACGACGGGGAGACAGUCUAUCUCUACCGCUUCGAUGAUAAACCUAUGAUCACUGCUCUGGGGUUCUACCGGUCAGCGGAUACUGAUGUGGAAGCUUUGGUUUCGACCUAA